CCAGCAGUGGAAAUUAAAAGCUUCUGAUUUGACGUAAAUAAUAAGAAGUGGUGGUGUUUUUAUCUUUGUGCGUUAUUUUGAAAGAGCAAGAAAAACUUGUACUAACAGUGGCAUUCCGAGAUGAAGCCGAAGAAGGUGAGCAAGAAACGCGAUGUGUCGAGCAGCAGUAGCAGCAGCAGCAGUAGUAGCAGCAGCUCCAGUUCAAGCAGUUCAGAAGACAGUUCUUCAGAGUCAGAUGAGCCGAAGAAGAAGAAAAAGGCUGCGAAGAAGAGGAAACACCCGAAGGUGAGCAAGAAGAAGAGAGCCAGGGAUUCGACUUCUUCGUUGGAGGAAAAGAAUGAUAAGGCUAAGAAGAGGGAUGCCUCCUCAAAGUGGGAUAGCCCUGAGGAUAAGGAGAAGAAGAGGAAAGUGAUGGAGAAGGAGCAGAAGGAUGAGGAGAAUCGGGCUAGAAGAGUGGACGAUGAGAGGAGGAAUGGUGGUGGUGAGAGGAGAGAUGAUAGGGGAAGGAAUGGUGGUAGAAACAACGAGAGGAGGAACGACGAUAGGCGACGUGCGGAGAGCAACAAGGGUUUCAGGAAUGAGGAGAGGGUUGAGAGGAGAGAUGAUCGUAGGAGGGAUGAGAGCAGACAGGGAGGUAAGAGGAAUGGGGAUUUCGGUAAUCAUCGCAGGCAUGAGAAUGAUAAGAGGAAUGAGAAUGAGAAGAGGAAUAACAGACGAGAAAUGAACGACGAUAAGCGAUCGUUUAAUAGGAGGAGCCCGAAACGUGGCGGUAGAGAAAGAAGGAGGAGUGACUCGUUUGACCACGCGAACGCUUCUUGGGGCGGAGGAGGAGGAGGCGGAGCUUCGGAGAAUGGUGGAGGCGGUGGGAAGAAUGAUAACAAGGAUAAAGAGAAGCCCAACUUCGGUUUGUCAGGUAAGUUGACUGAAGAGACGAACACGUACAAAGGGGUUGUUAUCAAGUACAGUGAGCCGCCAGAGGCUCGGAAGCCGAAGCGCAGAUGGAGGCUGUACCCGUUCAAGGGAGAGAAAGCUAUGCAGACAUUGUACAUACACAGGGAGAGCGCUUACCUGAUUGGCAGAGAUAGGAAGGUCGUCGAUCUGCCCGUAGACCAUCCCUCCUGCUCCAAGCAGCACGCCGCUUUGCAGUACAGAUUGGUACCAUUCACAAGAGACGACGGUUCCACAGGUAAACGCGUCCGGCCUUACAUAAUCGAUCUGGAAUCGGCGAACGGGACGUUCCUCAACAACAAGCCAAUCGAGUCGAAGAAGUACGUCGAGCUGUUGGAGAAGGACGUGCUCAAGUUCGGUUUCAGCUCCAGGGAGUACGUGCUCCUCCACGAGAACAGCAAGGACGAAGCCCUCGACGACGACGUGAAGAUGGAGGAACCCGAAGUGAAGAUCGAACCGAAGACUGAAGUCUGAAAAAAGUGUAAACAACGACAACAUAAAAUAAUAUUCUACAAUUACUAUCACUUCUCUUGCAUACAGACAUAAUUCCUCAUUGCAUACAAUUAUUAUGAGACUUUCUCUGUUUCGUUUCGUGUGUUUUUUUUUUAUAUAAAUAUAUUUAUGUAUAAAUUUGGGAACUUAACGCGAUGUUAUAUAUAUACAUUAUGAAUGUAUUCUUUUGUUUUUGGAUUAAAGAUCCAAGUUGGCGACGUUGUAGCCAUGACGAUGAUGAUACACGUUCAAUUCUUGUAUUUUAAAUGUAAUUAUAACAAUUAUUAUCUUUCGAUUUG